ACGAUCAUGGAAUUAGAGGGCAAGAUGGUCCAACUAGAAAAUGAAAAAGGAGAACAAUGUAAAAUCAAGUUGGAGCUGGAAGAUCAUCAUAACAACCUCCAGCAAGAGCAUAAGAAAUUAAAAGAAGACCUUAAUUCAACGGCCGAGAGACUUGCUGAAAUUGAAAACCUUUCGCACGAACAACAGAAACGCAUAAUGGAAUUGAAGGAGUCGAAACGGCAAUUACACGGUAUAAAACAAGAAAACGCAGAACUCGAUAAACAGGUGUUCACCCUGAAGAUACAAUUGGAUCAAGCGACCGAGCAAUAUAGACACGCCUCACUAUCGGUACAAGAAGUGUUGUACAGUUGUUAA